AUGCUAAAUUCAAGCAUUACCUAAGCAAAUUAAAUUAAUAUAGUUUUAAAAGAAUCCUUUUCAAAAGAACGGGAUGAGAAUUCUUAGCAGCGCUCUCAAACUUAUUAAUCGAGAAAUCAAACUAUAGAAAAAGCAUAGACUCAUGGAUUUACCUAAGCUGCUUCAAAUACUCCUUAGGGUUUAAGUUUAAAAGCAUUAAGUAAACAAAAAAACUUGCUUGAAAAAAAGUAGAAAUUAAAGGAAGAACUAGAAAAAAAAAAGAAUCCAGGAUAGAGCAAUCUUGCAAUAGAUAACACUGGAAAAAAUAUAAAGUAGAAUGAUAAAAAUUAAAAUGGGUAAAAAAGUGCCUAGGAUGUAUAAGGAAAAAGAAAUUCAAAAUAGAUAAACUCUUAAAACCUAAUUAGUCUUCUGAAUUAAAAGAUACAAGAGAAUGAAGAUAUGGAGAAAAACACUUUAAAAUAUAGGCUAAGAGUUAAAUAUUAGUAAUUUUAGGAAAAAGGACUUAUCUUACUUGAUAAUAAAUACUAUCAGCAUAUGAUGACUCUUUUUACAAUAUUUUCAUUGUAUAGUGAGGAUAUAAGGCAAGUUUCUACAACAGCAUAAGGAGAUAUGGGAUUUUAAGUUACUGAAUUAAUUGUUUUGCUUUUCUUUUUUUUUGAAAUUGUUUUGCAGUCAAUGUGCAGGAAAGGUUAUUUUUUAUCAUUCAUAUUUUGGAUGGAUCUCCUAUCAACUAUCUCUCUUUUUUUUGAUAUUGAUUUCUUAUCAAAGGCGUUAUUUGGUUUCACUAUCAGCAAUUCUAAUGUGACUGUGCUUAAAGCUAGCAGAGUAUCCAGAAUUGCAACAAGAGCACUAAAAAUAGUUAGAUUCAUUAGAUUAUUGAGAUUAACUAAAAUAUAAAAGCUUUACUAACAAGCAUACGAAGAGCUAAAUCAAAAGUAUGAUGUAAAAGAAUAAGAUGAAAAUAAAUCUGAAGGAUCUGUGAAAGAUGGUAAAGCUAGUAAUCCUUAGUCUCAACAAAAUCUUGAUAUUGCUAUUGAUAAAUAAAAUUAAUCUUUUGGACUGAAUCAAUCUGAUUUUUAGCUAAAAAUAAAAGAAAAUAAUCAGCAACUUUAGGAAUAAAGCAUACCAAAGAGAAUGAAUUCAUUUGAAAAAACGAAUAAUAAUAACACCUCUGUAUUGUUAAAUUUUUACAGAAGAAAAUCUUUUGACAUGAAAGAUUCAUCUCAGCAUAGAAACUCGUUGUAAUCGUUUUUAAAUAAUUGUGUGAGUAGUUAACAGUAGAUUAAUUUAGCUAAAAAAUCUAAAAUUUAUGGGAGUGGAUUAAAUUUUGAUUCUGCAAAUUUUUCUGAAAAGAAUUCAUUUACUAUCUAAAAUUAGCAAGUGGUAACUAUGAACAGCCCUUAUAAAUAAAAAUCAUAAGCCUAAGAGAGAAAAUCUAUAAUGACCCAUGUCAGUCAUAAUUCAGCUAAUUCUCAUGAUACUUAAUAAAAUCAAUAACUAUAAGGCCUUAAAAGAGAUAGUGUUAAAUAAAGUGCCUUUUAUAAUAUUGCUAAAAACAACAAAGAGCCUAUUACAGCUACAGCAUCUAAAAUUAAUAUAUAAAACUAGAAGUAAAUUUCGUUCUUGAAUCCGGCAUAUGAAGUUUAUAAAAACAGAGCUUCUGAUUUGUAUAGCAAUCAAAAGUCUAAGAUGUCUAUUACUUCUCAUGCUUCCUUUGGGUUUGAUGAAGAAGAUACUCCUCUAUAAGGUUCAAGCAAAUAAUAAUAAUCCUAAAAUAAACCAAAAGAUUAAGAAAGCAAGAUAGGAAAGCAAUUAGCUGAUAUUACAACAACUAGAGUAAUUAUACUGAUUUUUGUCCUUGUCAUUACCAUUCCUUUCUUUGAUAACUCUUUUUACGUCGACCCAGACUAUGGAUUCGUAACUUACUUAAACUAUGUAGUUAGCGAUUAUAAUGUUAGCAGAUAAAAAGCAAUAGAUGAUUUAUAUGUUUAAGUAUUGAUGGGUAUUGAGUAUGAUGCUACAGAUAAUGUACAUAGAUAUCCUCUUAAAUCAAUAAUAAGUGAAAAUUCUACUUAUUUUCCAAAUGCUAAUUAUACUGUAAAUACAAAUUAUCAUGACUUAAGAGACUACGAAUAUACAACUUACAGCUCAAAUUCAAACUAAUAAACAGGAUUUGCUUAUUUUGAAACUUAGUAUAUCACCAAGAUAGAUUAGGAUUUAAGUUCAUAUCUCUCUAUAGGAUAAACUACCUUUAUUUUAGCUAUAUUAGCAUACUCUACUAUUACAUUUGUAAAAGAUAUUAAUAAGUUAGUUGUUUCACCCAUAGAAAGAAUGCUUGAAACUAUUAAGUUGAUCGCUGAUAACCCGUUGGAUGCAGCUAAAAUUUCGGAAGAAAAAGCUAUGGCAGAAUAAGAACUUAAGAAAAAUAAAGUAAAACUCAGUGAGUUAAAUGAAUAGAAGAGUGAUGAAACAUAUUUGUUGGAGUCCACAAUUAUGAAAAUUGGUGCUCUUUUGGCUAUAGGUUUUGGUGAAGCAGGCUCUAAAAUUAUUACCAAGAAUAUGCAAAUUGGUGGAAGCAUAGAUCCUAUGAUUCCAGGUAAGAAAAUUAUGGCCAUAUUUGGCUUUUGCUCAAUCAAAAAUUUUGCAGAUGCAACAGAAAUACUUUAAGAAAAAGUUAUGUUAUUUGCAAACGAAGUUGCUGAGCUAGUUCAUGUUUGUUGUGAUAGCUUUCACGGGGCAAUUAAUAAAAAUUUAGGUGAUUGUUUUUUGUUAGUUUGGAAGUAUACAGAAGAUGAAUCACAGCUAUUUUUAGAUAGCAGUGAUGAAGUUAAGUUAAAAAAUUUACCACUCGUCUAGAAUUUGUCUGAUUUACCAGUUGUUGCUUUCCUAAAAGCUAUUGCUAAUGCAAGAUUGCUCUCACUUACUUCGAGCUUUAAAUAACAACAUUUGAAGCCACUUUAAAAAGUAAUGAAAAAUUUUACUUUUCGUCUUGGGUUCGGACUUCAUGUUGGAUGGGGUAUUGAGGGUGCCAUAGGUUCUAACUUUAAAAUCGAUGCUUCCUAUCUCAGUCCAAAUGUCAAUAUGGCUUCUCGUUUAGAAAAUGCUACCAAAUAAUAUGGUUUAUAUUUUUUAUUGUCUGGUGCUCUCUAUAGACUUUUAAGCAAUAAAAUGCAAAGCGCCCUUAGACAUGUAGAUAGAGUUACUGUCAAAGGAUCUAAAUAGCCAAUGGAUUUGUAUACUUGUGAUGUAGAUCCUACCCUACUAACAGAAAACAAAUUUGUAUAAAAGAGGUUAUAGGAUAAUAAAGUAAAUAAAAAAGUCCUCAAGUUCAUUUCUAGAAAACGUAGAACUGAUAGAUAUAAAAAAAUUUUGUAAGGUUAAGCUAAUAUUUGUUAAAUCAUAGACUCAGAUGUUGAUAUAGCUACAAUGAGAAAAAAUUAUACAGAUGAAUUUAGAAAUACAUACCAUGAUGGUCUGCAAGAAUAUUUAAAUGGAGAUUGGGAGGCUGCAAAAGUUUUAUUUGAAGAAGCUCAGAUGAUUUUAAAAGAUACCCUUUACAGAUCUGGAGCUGAUGAUACUUUCUUAGACGGACCUAUAUAAACAUUAAUAAAAUAUAUGCAAAAAUCUAAUUUCAAAGCACCAUAAAAUUGGUAUGGAUACAGAGUCCUUUUAGAUAAAUGA